AAAAAUCAGAUAGUUCCGGGGGGGGGACACUUUUAGCGGUAACUCAGGAAAUGCAGACUAUGCGGAAGUGAUUUUUGUUGUCACAAUGGGCAGAGACCAGACCACCCAGGUUAAAAAAUGAUAAGACAAUGGAUUCAAAGGACUAAGAGGGCGAGUAAAUAUAGCAGCUGGCUCUCUUAAAUCCACCGCACCCACAGCUGAGGACAUUGGUGUUCGGAGCGUGGCUGCUGUGUUACGUCGGCUUUCUGCUCUCCGUCAGGAGGAUGUGGACGGGGAAGUACGUCCGCAGUCCCCUCGUCCGCUCCCUGUUUAUGAACAUGGUGAGCGAGAACGACGCGGCCGCGGCGGAGACACAAGAGUGGUACCGGUGCGGUCCUGAGCUGCUGGGAGAAUCAGUGCGACCCAUGUUUGUCCAGAGCCACCUGGACUCAGGCACCAAGGCUUUUCUCAAGCGGAGCGGGGAGAAGUCUGGUUGGCUGUUCACCCAGCUCUACCACUCUUUUGCAUCAACAGUCCUAAGCCCACUGGUCUCACGCACCUCCAUUAACGGGUUUCUGGGUCGCGGCUCUAUGUUUGUGUUUUCCGAGGAGCAGUUCCAGAGGCUACUCGGCAUCGGCCCGGAUUGGAGGGCUGACAGACUCCUGGACCUCGGCGCUGGGGAUGGAGGGGUCACAGAGGUGAUGGGAGCCCAUUUCAGAGAUGUCUAUGCAACUGAAGUCUCAUUACCCAUGAGAUGGCAUCUUCAGAGGAGGAAUUACAAGCUGCUGGGUAUAGAUGAGUGGCAGCAGGCUGGUUUCCAGUACGAUGUGGUCAGCUGUCUGAACCUGCUGGACCGCUGUGACGAUCCUCUGCAUCUCCUGCGGGACAUCAGGCUAUCGCUCGUUCCCAACACAGGGAGACUCAUCCUGGCCGCAGUGCUUCCCUUCCAGCCGUAUGUGGAAGUCGGAGGAAGAUGGCAGCGUCCCAAAGAACAUAUAAAAGUAAAAGGAAAAACGUGGGAGGAGCAAGUGACCAACCUGUCCAAUGAGGUUUUCCAAAGGGCGGGGUUUGAGGUGGAGGCUGUGACCCGGUUGCCAUACCUCUGUGAAGGGGACAUGUAUAACGAUUACUACGUCCUAGACGAUGCCGUUUUUGUCCUCAAGGCCUCAGAGGAUAAGUCUGCCUGAGUUCCAAAUGCACUGUGGGAACGUCAGAGGCUUUAUCUUUAACUUUAUCUUGGUAGGUUGCUCCUGGGUGGAUUUUAGUCCCAAUUUUCCUAGUCUUCAUUCAUAAAACACAGUAUUUCUGACUGUAUUUCUUUAGAAAUGGUGUCAGCUGUGAUGCUCAGGUACUGUAGUUCCUCCAUAUUCCAGCCAUCUAGUGUGACGGUGAUACCUCUACUUUUUAAGCAAAAAAUAACUGAAUGGCAGUUUGCCUAUGUUGAAAUGCCACUAAAAAAACAAAUCAUCUAGGUCAUAUCGCCAUCCUGUAGGUGUUUGUUCUUUAAAGUCUGUUAUCUGUGGGAAAUGUUUACUGUUAGGGUUUCAUCAUUCUGUAAUAUCAACGGGAAUAAUCAUGGUUGAGUUAGCACUUUAAUUAUUUCAGUUUCUAAUGCAAAGUAUCAGUGUAUGCACAUACUUGAUUCAACCAUUCUGAAUUUGGCCUUUUGUAUUUUAAUGCUAAUUUUUUUUUUUUUUUUUUACUUGCUAUUAGUUAUGACCAAAAUAAAAUGAGGCCUUCUUAAAGCGAGCCUAUGUGUGCAUUACCGAAUAAUGUUUAAAGCUGCUCUGCAGUGUUUUAACUUCACCUUUUAGUAUCGGCUCAGCUCGCUUGGAGCCUCAGCCAGGGUGGUAACAGAAAAGUACGGUAAGGUACUAUACUCAGCUUUUGCCAAUGGAAAGCCAAAAAAGAUCGGUUCCAAGUGAGUCGAGUCGGGUCGUACCAUGCAGUGGAAAUCUGGCAGUUGUUCAUCAGCUAUUUGUUAACUUUAUCUGUCUCCUGUUUCAGGGUUUCCCCCCAGUGUAGUGCAAGCCCGGUGGCCUAAGUCUCUGGGAAUUAUUUUUUAUGUAUUUUUAAGACGUUUUACUACAGUUAAUGGGGCCGCUCAGCUGUAAACUUAGUUAUAUUUUCAAAUCUCCAGUUAGCUUUUAGCACUGACUUAUUAAUGUAGGGCCCUAUGGAAUCUAUCUUAUAGCUUUUUUAAAUUCUCAAAUUCGCGAGUCCACCCAUUAUUUGGUAUCACAGAAACUAUUGGGCUCUAGAAUAAUGCUGCCAUCAGUCUGGGACUGGCCCCAGCUGGGCCCUCGUCGAAAAAAGACACUUGCCACCGGGCUAAACAACUUUUCUUGGGGGGAACCCUGCGUUUUUUUUUAGCUGAAAUACAGCUGCAGAUGGAAUUGAAGUUGCUGGUGGAAUGGCCCAAACGCCGUAGAGCUGGGGGACGGGGGAGGGAUUCACUGGGUCACUACACCUACUACGAGCGACCCCUUUGACAUUACAUGUAGUCAUUUGACCCAUUGUUAAAUGAAAUAUACUGAUUAGUGCAGCUGUAAUGCUGAAACAGUGUAACUGUAGAACAAGUA